GCGCUAGCGUGUAAUCCGGACCUGGCUACUGUUAAUACAUUAGUUGUUAACAUUCUUCAGAUGCUGCUGAGAAAUAUGUCAACCAGUGCAGCAAAUUGAUACCUGGCUUGCUUAGGGAGCUUCUAGUUAAGGAUUUGUUGUAUUUGUAAUACAAGAGUGCUGUGACUGUAUUUGCGUUUAUAUGCACUUAUGCAAACAUUUGCAUUCAAAACACCUGUAUGAUCCAUGUGUACGAACCCUAAGCAUCAAUUCCAACACAUGAGUAGUUUCUAUAACUGUGUUAGGGAGCAAUAAUAGCCUUCAUUUUUUGUCUAUGUACCAGCGUUGCACAAAGUUAGUAAGUGAUAUUGGCCCAUUCUUCCAGGCAUAUUUGCUUUAUCUUGUUCAGCUCCUGCGUUUGUACUGAAAGUCUCGACUUUCUCUGCAGUGAACAGCCAGAAAAAGAAACAGCGUUUCAAACUUAAUUGGCUUUUGGCAGAGAACCCAGAACAGCCACCAGGUGCAACUAAGUACCAUGGAUCCAGCCCUACUAAGAGACAGGGAGCUCUUUAAAAAGCGAGCUCUGACCACUCCAGCUGUGGAAAAACGUCCAAGUGCUUCUUCUGAAUCUUCAAAGAAAAAGAGAGCUAAACUUGAACUUAGUAGCACUUCUGGAUCCAAGCCAAGCUCAGAUGGCAGCAAUGGGUCAUUUAAUCUCAAGAGCCUUUCUGGGAGUUCUGGAUACAAGUUUGGUGUCCUCGCUAAGAUCGUUAACUAUAUGAAGACUCGGCACCAGCGAGGAGACACAUAUCCACUCACAUUAGAGGAAAUCCUGGAUGAAACACAACAUCUUGACAUCGGUAUCAAACAGAAGCAAUGGCUAAUGUCAGAGGCUUUGGUGAAUAAUCCAAAAAUUGAGAUUAUUGAUGGUAAAUAUGCCUUUAAGCCAAAGUACAAUUUAAAAGACAAGAAAGCUCUCCUGAGGCUACUAGACAAACAUGAUCAACGAGGCCUUGGUGGGAUUCUGCUUGAAGAUAUAGAGGAAGGACUUCCCAAUGCACAGAAAGCCAUAAAGGCACUUGGCGAUCAGAUUGUAUUUGUAACACGACCGGACAAAAAGAAAAUCCUUUUCUACAAUGACAAAAGCUGCCAGUUUACAGUAGAUGAAGAAUUCCAGAAGUUAUGGAGGAGUGUCCCAGUAGAUUCCAUGGAUGAUGAGAAGAUUGAAGAAUACCUUAAGAGGCAGGGAAUUUCUUCAAUGCAAGAAUCUGGACCAAAGAAAAUUAUUCCAGUGCAGAAGAGAAAGAAGGCCACCUCACAGAGAAGGAGGUUUAAGACUCAUAACGACCACUUGGCAGGAGUGCUGAAAGAUUAUACAGAUGUUGCUUCAGGCAAACCAUAAGAGCAUCAGUUGAACUAAGGACGUUUACAGAGUAUCUUCAGGAUAUCCUUAGCUGCUCAUCAACUCCAACCCUUAAUGGUUACUUUAUAUUUCCCUUCACAGACUCAGAAAUCCAGUGUCGCGUCCUCUUGGUGCCAGAGAGACCAUUUAUUUACGUCUUAGGAGCCAAGUAUUAAAGAACUGAAUGUCGAUAAAUUAGCUAAAUAAUAUCCCAGAGCUGGCACAUCUCUGGCAGAAAGAAGAAAUCACCGGCACAACAGGCUAUUUCUAGCAGGGAAACUUUGCUCGUUUAUUUGCGGAUGCAACGUUUCGGGGCGUAACGCCCCGAAACGUUGCAUCCGCAAAUAAACGAGCAAGGGUUUCCCUGCUAGAAAUAGCCUGUUGUGCCGGUGAUUUCUUCUUUCUCGAUUGCUGUGGAGGUUGCCAAUACCUCCUUCAUCGAGCACCAGGUGUCACGGGAUUUGGACGGCCAGGGUGUGCGAGGUGACUACUCUCUUCUUCCUACAUCUCUGGCAGACACAGACUGACUGGCAGUGGCUACAUCAGUUUGUUAAAGCCAAACAUUGUGUUGGUUUUGCUCUGCCUAAUUCUGUUCAUUGUCUGAUCCCCUUGCUCCUCAUAUGAAGAUAUCUCCAGCAUCUGAGCUAAGUUUUGCGUUUAUUGUAUAUAAAGGGCAAGUUUGCUAUUUCAAAAGCAAAAAUAACUUUCUUUUGUUAGUCAACAUUAAAAAAAGUGUGCAAAUGGUUUAACCAAUUUUUUCAUUUGUUUUAAUGUAAUAAAAAUUGUUUUCUCUUGAA